CGCGGCGCACCAAUCAAAUUCGAAUUCAAACGCCUGGUGGAAGGGAACAGCCAGACCUCGUGGCUUCGCCCAAACGGACGCGAGCUGGCUAGCUACCACCGGCCGAACGAUCCCACCAGAACCAGUCUGACUGCGGAGCGGCGAGGAUCCCGAGGGUCAUUCGGUCUCUUCACGGAGCCGCUCGACGUCGCGAGGAGCGAUCGCUCGGGCGAGAACCGAGGGAGGAAACUUGACAGAAAAAUCGAGCGGACCGGCGGGAUUUACGUGGCCGAGGACUCGCGCGCUUUCGCGGCACACGCCGAGCUGGCAGAACACGGAACAGGCUCGACGCCCGUGGUGUCGUGCUCGCCGAAACGGAGAGGCGAGGCGCGCGGGCACGCACGCACUUGGAACUGCGAGACGGGCCGUUUCCCGGGGGAGAUCCGCGCGACACGUUCAGUGAAAGGCGCGCAACGAGCUCGCGAGAUGCUGGCUGCCUCGAUCUGUCACGAUAUCCAGUACACGGUGUUGCCCAGCGCGACGAUGAGCUCGCGGGUGCCGCGCUGCCUCUUCGGCCAGCCGAACCCGCGGGACACCAUAGACAUGCUCCAGGAGACACUCAACGAGGAGCAGAGCAAGUUCGCCCGCAGAUGGGGAGUGGAUCCCCGCUCCGAGGACAAGGAGAAUAAUUACCAGAGGCGGAACAGCGAGAGGUGCGAGCGGUCGCCCGGCAAGAAGCGGGGUAAUCCGUAUUCAAGGCAGACCAGCAUGCACGAUUACUGGCGUGCUCGAAAGGCGUGCGACGUGAACAAGAAGCCGCUGGCAACUACGAUGGACGCGUCGAAGCAAAAUGUGGACUCGUCGAAAACAACGAAGACGACCGCUACGACGACGACGACGACGACGAUGAUAACGAAGACCGCGUAGAAGGCGACGUUGAACUGGAUACAAAUGCAUGUUCCCUGACCCCGCGCACACGUGCGGUUUUCUCUCGUUUCGUUGCGGUGGCGAAAAACCGCCAUGUUAACUGAAAUAUGCCGGGCGACAUAAGAAGACCAACUCGGAAGCAGUUAGCUUGAAAUUUCUUUAAAAAAUUAAUAUAUUUUUCAUUUAGCUAUUAAAAUGUUAAUUAAAUAUUAUUUAAAUGUUACUUUCUGAAACGAUAAAGAACGUACCGCACAAAGAAUCGCCAAGUAAUAAAUGCGAGCAUAAAGUCUCAGGCGCGGGGUUUUAACGAUCGUUUGCGUAAACCGGAUUUCAUCUACGUUACUGAAAUUUGUAUAUUCCCUCCCUGGUCUUUCGGACAUUAUAUAUUGUCAUCGAUGAAUCAUUGAUAAUCCUCUCUAGAAUUAAUCGCGACGGACGUAUUAAUUAAUUCCUGUAAAUAAUUCGUCAAGUGAUUUAUGGAGGUUUGGAUGGACUCGCCGCCGUAAGAAUCGCGUUUACUGCAAUAAAUAAAAUAUCCAAAUGAUUGGUAAACCAUUACAUCAGUUUAAGGCGAUUUACCGACAUGAUCUUUACGAGCUCAACACAUUAGAGACUUUUCACGGCGGCGACGAUCCAUCGAGAGCCUGAAACGGUUGGUUCCACGACGAAGCCAACGAUGCAGCGCCUCCAAAGACUAAUUGAUUACAAACGUCACAAUUCGCAACUCCACACUCUCGUCACACGAGAGACAGGAGACUGUCCUAUGUACAUGUCGUCUUAGAAUUAAGAGAGAAAGUUCUCUAGUCAUCUAGUCAUUUAAGCUAGUAAUAAACUAUUGUGCUUUCAUUCUUAUAUAUUGUGUGAUUAUUUCUUCAUCCUUACUCUUAUAUUAGGAAUAUGCAUCCUGAGUAUUUAACCAUGAUAUUAUCGCGAGAUGUAUGUUACAAAAUAAAGUUUUAAGAAGUACAGUUUAAUUUUAUAAAAAG